AUGAUCGUAAAAUUAAAAGAAUACAAUCGUAAUAAUAAUCAACAAAUGAUAUUAAUUGAAAAUUUUCAUCGCACAUAUAAAUCCGAAGAUGCUUGUCAAUGGUAUACGAAAGAACCAUUUUUAUACAAUCAUUUAAAUAAAGCUUUACGUACAGAAGAUAAUGAAUUCUUACACAAAUUUCGUUAUUUUAUAUUUGAUCUUUCACAAAGCUUUUGGUGUGAAUAUAAACAAUUAAAAGAUUCAUUAGAUUCAAUAGUCACAUAUAAUGGUGUUCAAAUAUCAAAAGAAAAAGCUUAA